AUGGCCAUUAUUUCGGAAGUUGUUGCAUUCGUUUCAGCUCAUCUUCCAUUUCUGAUUGCUGCAAUCUUAGCGAUUCACUUCGUUCGGAACUUCACAGCAAGAGGUGUUUCCAAGAUACCAGGCCCGUUCUUAGCCAAGAUCUCCGACAUAUGGAGGUUCGUUGAUGUAGCGCGCGGAAGAGCUCAUGAGACGCACAUCAAGCUCCACGCACAGUACGGGCAGUAUGUACGACUCGGACCGAAUCUAGUCAGCAUCCAAAACCUCGAUGCCUUGAAGACAAUCUAUGGUGUGAAUAAAGGAUAUCGCAAGACCGAGUUUUAUGCGGUACAGCAGCAGCUGGCCAACGGUAAACCAACGCAGACACUUUUCACGACACUCGAUGAAGAUUUCCAUGCAAAAAUCAAGAGACCUAUCUCGAGUCUUUAUUCCAUGAGUACGCUGACCGAAUUCGAGCCCUUUGUCGAUAGUACGAUAGAGAAGUUGCUUGAGAAGUUGGAUGAAUUUGCCGGCGCUGGACGGGAACUAGAUCUUGCAACCUGGCUUCAGUACUAUGCUUUCGAUGUGAUUGGAGAGUUGACCUUCGGCAAGCCGCUCGGCUUCCUCGAUCAGGGCCAAGACGUCGGCGACGUGAUGCUUUCAUUGGAAAAGAUGGUUGACUAUGCAGGAAUGAUUGGCCAGAUACCUUGGUUGGAUCAUCUCUUCAUUAAGAACCCGAUCAAGCGCAAAUUUGGUGGUGGUUCCACGGGUGCUGUCGCUCAAUUCGCGCGCCAGUGUCUCGAAGAGCGUCUUCAUCGCGCAGAGGGAAAGAUAGAAAACCCUUCACACCGCGACUUCCUCACCCGUUUCCUAGAAACCAAAAAGACGCAUCCACAAGUUGUUGACGACCGGCAGGUCUUUUCAUGGACACUCAGCAACGUUAACGCUGGGUCUGACACGACUGCAAUCUCACUACGAGCGGUGCUCUAUUACCUCCUUAAGAACCCCUGGACUUUGACCAAAGUCAUGAAAGAAAUUGUGGGUGCUAGGAAAAACGGUAAACUGUCAAUACCGGUGACGUGGAAAGAGAGCCAAGAGCUGCCUUACCUGGAUGCGGCUAUCAAAGAAGCGCUCAGACUUCAUCCCGCAGUCGGCCUACUACUCGAAAGAAUUGUUCCUAAAGCCGGAGUUCAGCUUCCUGAUGGCCCAUUCCUGCCAGAGGGUACCGUUGUCGGUAUCAACCCAUGGGUCAUGCAUCGUCAUCCUGCAUUCGGCGAUCAUCUCGAGUCCUACGUGCCGGACCGAUGGCUGCAAGGCGAACACGAACCUCUGGAAAGUUAUGAAAUUCGGAAGGCAGAGAUGCAAGGAGCGACGUUCACAUUCGGUGCCGGACCACGUACGUGUAUCGGCAAGAAUAUCAGCUUACUUGAGAUCUAUAAAGCGAUUCCGACUCUUCUCUAUACCUACAAUGUAAGGAAUGCACCCAAACUGGUAAAAAUCAGACUAACAGUUGCACAACUCUAGAUCAGCUUGAGCUAUCCAGACAAGGAAUGGGAUACUGUGAACGCGUGGUUUGUGAGACAAAAGAACAUCCAUGUCAAGUUGAUCAAAUCUGGCAGGAGUUGAGAUUUGUAGAUGCCUAUCAAACCAUGUUUAGACUGACGUAUUGACCCUCAAUGGCAUCUAACGUUGACUGAAAUGUCUUAUAGUCUUCUGAUUACGUAUCAUUGUAGUGCCG